AAAGUUUGGCUGCCGCCUCAGAUUAAAUUUCUCAAACUCGGAGAAUGACAAGCGAACGGAAAUACAAUGAAGCGGACGGAGAAGACGAAGCGCUGUCGUUCGAUUAUUAUGACGAUGAGGAUGAUUUCGACACGUUCACGGACGGAGACGGAGACUGCGGCUGUGAUGAAGGAGUGCUGGGCUUCAGUGAUCCGUUCAGCGGUGAGGUGAAACCUCGGAUCCUGCUCAUGGGCCUGAGGCGAAGCGGAAAGUCUUCCAUUCAGAAAGUUGUAUUCCACAAGAUGUCACCCAACGAGACACUCUUUCUGGAGAGCACUAAUAAGAUUUGUCGAGAGGACGUUUCAAACAGUUCCUUCGUCAGCUUCCAAAUCUGGGACUUUCCUGGUCAGAUUGAUUUCUUCGACCCCACAUUCGACUACGAGAUGAUAUUUCGCGGCACAGGGGCUCUCAUCUUCGUCAUAGACUCUCAGGAUGAUUAUGUGGAAGCCUUGAGUAGACUUCACCUGACCGUGACGAGAGCCUACAAGGUCAAUCCAGACAUCAACUUCGAAGUGUUCAUCCACAAGGUCGAUGGGCUUUCAGAUGACCACAAAAUAGAGAAACAGAGGGACAUACAUAAACGCGCCAACGAUGAUCUAGCCGAUGCUGGUUUAGAACGAAUACACUUAAGCUUCUACUUGACAAGCAUCUAUGAUCAUUCAAUAUUUGAGGCCUUCAGUAAAGUUGUGCAGAAACUCAUCCCUCAACUUCCCACCCUUGAGAAUCUGCUCAACAUUUUCAUAUCUAAUUCAGGGAUUGAAAAGGCUUUUCUCUUUGAUGUGGUCAGUAAGAUUUACAUAGCAACCGACAGCAGCCCAGUGGAUAUGCAGACCUAUGAAUUGUGUUGUGACAUGAUAGAUGUGGUUAUCGACAUCUCGUGUAUCUAUGGGUUGACUGGAGAUGAGGCAGGAACUCCGUAUGAUAAAGAAUCCAUGGCCAUAAUCCACUUGAACAACACUACGGUCAUGUACCUAAAAGAGGUUACCAAAUUUCUUGCCCUGGUGUGUUUCCUCAGGGAAGAGAGUUUUGAGAGGAAAGGACUUAUCGACUACAAUUUCCACUGUUUCAAGAAAGCCAUAGAGGAGGUGUUUGACGUGCGCUUGAAAGUGCAGAGAAAUCGGAAGCUUCUGAGCCAGAGGAGGUGGAGCAGGCAGACCGUGCCAAAUGGGACUCAGGUGCAUCCUCAUUGAAGAGCAUUGAAAGCUCUCUGGUCUGUUACAGUGACUCCAGAGAGAAGGCUUCACACAGACUUCGCUUGUGCUUUGAAUCAUCUUCAGGGCCACUUGCUGCUCUUCAGCAAUCCAAAAUACCUAUAUAGAUCCUGUUGUGCUUUAAAUAUCUUGCACAGCUGACUUAGCUGUUCAUGCUAAGUUUUUUUUGUUGUUUUCAGUAAUAUUUUUUACUCAAAAUCAAUCAACUGUGCUUGAGUUUCUCACAAAAUACACGGU